CGGCGGUGGCUGCUCGGUGGUCGGCGCUAGCUCGCUCGCUCGCGGGGCGGGCGGGCGGCGCGAUGUCGGGCGAGGACGGCCCGGGGGCGGGCCCGGGGGCGGCGGCGGCGGCGGCCCGCGAGCGGCGGCGGGAGCAGCUGCGGCAGUGGGGGGCGCGGGCGGGCGCCGAGCCGGGCCCCGGGGAGCGGCGCGCCCGCACCGUGCGCUUCGAGCGCGCCGCCGAGUUCCUGGCGGCCUGCGCGGGCGGCGACCUGGACGAGGCGCGCCUGAUGCUGCGCGCGGCGGACCCCAGCCCCGGCGCCGAGCCCGACCCCGCCGCCCCGCCGCCCGCCCGCGCCGUGCUCGACUCCACUAACGCCGAUGGCAUCAGCGCCCUGCACCAGGCGUGCAUCGAUGAGAACCUGGAGGUGGUCCGCUUCCUGGUGGAGCAGGGCGCCACAGUGAACCAGGCGGACAACGAGGGCUGGACACCCCUGCACGUGGCUGCCUCCUGUGGUUACCUGGACAUUGCCAGGUACCUCCUGAGCCACGGGGCCAACAUCGCCGCUGUCAACAGCGAUGGGGACCUGCCCCUGGACCUGGCCGAGUCUGAUGCCAUGGAGGGGCUGCUGAAGGCGGAGAUCGCCCACCGAGGUGUGGAUGUGGAGGCAGCCAAACGGGCUGAGGAGGAAUUGCUGCUUCACGACACAAGGUGCUGGCUGAACGGGGGCGCCAUGCCAGAGGCCCGGCACCCCCGCACGGGGGCCUCUGCCCUGCACGUGGCCGCUGCUAAGGGCUACAUUGAAGUGAUGAGGCUGCUCCUUCAGGCUGGCUAUGACCCAGAGCUCCGGGAUGGGGACGGCUGGACCCCCCUGCACGCGGCGGCCCACUGGGGCGUGGAGGACGCCUGCCGCCUGCUGGCCGAGCACGGUGGGGGCAUGGACUCACUGACCCACGCGGGGCAGCGUCCGUGUGACCUGGCUGACGAGGAGGUGCUGAGCCUGUUGGAGGAGCUGGCCCAGAAGCAGGAGGACCUGCGGAACCAAAAGGAAGCCUCCCAGAACAGGGGCCAGGAGCCCCAGGUGCCCUCCGGCAGCAAACACCGACGGAGCUCCGUGUGUCGUCUGAGCAGCCGUGAGAAGAUCUCCCUCCAGGACCUGUCCAAGGAGCGCCGGCCCGGGGGGGCAAGGGGGCCCCCCAUCCGGGACGAGGAUGAGGGAGAAGAAGGCCCCACAGAGCCACCCCCUACAGAAUCCACAACCCUGAAUGGAGUCUCCUCCCCACCGCCCCACAGCCCUAAGAGCCCUACGCGCCCCGAAGAGGUCCCCUUCUCGAGGCGCUUUGGCCUCUUGAAGACGGGGAGCUCUGGUGCCCUGGGUCCCGCAGACAGGUGGGGGGCCGAGGGCACCCCCGGGGCUGGGCUGCAGCGCUCAGCUUCUUCCUCACGGCUGGAAGGGACCUCCACUCAGGCCAGGGAGCCCCGUCUUGCCCGAAUUACCCCCACCCCCUCCCAGAAGGUGCCCGAGCCCUGCGCUCUGUCUGAGAUCUGCAGGUCUCCUCCCUUGGAUAACGCCAGUCCUCCCUCCAGGAUUCCACAGCCUGAAUCCCCAGUGAAGCCAAAUGUCCCCGCAGCCUCUGCAGCGCCCCCAGCAGACUCCCGGGACCGCCGGAGGUCCUACCAGAUGCCUGUGCGGGAUGAGGAGUCUGAAUCCCAGCGAAAAGCUCGCUCUCGCCUCAUGCGCCAGUCUCGGAGGUCCACACAGGGUGUGACUCUAACUGACCUGAAAGAAGCAGAGAAGGCCGCAGGGAAGGCCCCAGAGCCAGAGAAGUCGUGCCUGCAGAGCCUGGACCCUUCCCGGAGGCCCCGAGUCCCUGGGGUCGAGAAUUCUGAUGGCCCUUCCUGGAGAGCAGAGGCGCCCAACGGGCAGGGUCAGGGACCACAGACCUCCAGGGAGCACCGCAAAGUCGGCAAGGAGCGGAGGGGGCCAGCGGAGGGGGAGGAGGCAGAGCCGGUGGACCCCAGCCCGGAAUCCAGCACUCUCGAGGGCGCCCCCUCAUCCCGCAGGCAGCGGGAUCUCAACCCCGAACCCGCGCCAGAAUCGGAAGAGCCAGACGAAGGCUUCAGGAAGCUGUACGCAGAGCUGCGCACUGAGAACGAGCGACUUCGCGAGGCCCUGACCGAGACCACGCUGCGGCUGGCGCAGCUCAAGGUGGAGCUGGAGCGCGCCACGCAGAGGCAGGAGCGCUUUGCAGAGAGGCCGGCCCUUCUGGAGCUGGAGAGAUUCGAGCGCAGGGCCCUGGAGCGAAAGGCAGCUGAGCUGGAGGAGGAGCUGAAGGCCCUGUCGGACCUCCGGGCUGACAACCAGCGGCUCAAGGAUGAGAACGCAGCCCUGAUCCGCGUCAUCAGCAAACUCUCCAAGUGACUCUGGAGGAGGGCCUUCCCUGCACCCGUAUUUAUACAGCUGCUUCCGCCACACGCACCCCUUUCCUGUGUGAACACGAGUGCCAGGGCUCCCAGGGAGUCUCUGAGAAGCCAUAACCUCCCCUGGGGACCUCCAGACUGAGAGGAGUACAGGGUCCCCAGGAGCCAAAGGGGGCCAUCCAAGGCCAAGAUGGAGGCAGGAGGUGAGCCAGGUAGAGGGAUGUUGCUGAGGGGGGACCAGGGCUGGAGGUGGGACCAGGAAGGCACCGAGGACCAGGAAGUGCCAGGACCAGUAGCCAGGACCAGAGUGGCCGCCCGGAGGUGCCCCCUCACGUGUGUUGCCACCCCAGUCACCCCUCCCGCUCCUGAACAGGGAUCCGAGAAUGUGCCAAGAGUCCCGCCGGCCUCGGCCAGGAGGGCCUGUAUAUAGGGUCCGUGUGCAAUAGGGAGGGAUGUCUUCUAUUUUUUGCUGCCCCCUCCCCGCCCACUGUCCGGGGCAGGGGGAGAAGGUAUUUUCGAGACAAAGCACAGGCAUCACAAAUAAAAGUCGUGAAGUUGCCACUCAA